UACUAUUUUCCUGACAAACUCAGUCUGUGUAGUUCAGUCCGUGGCGAGCGGUGGCAAGAUGGCAGUGUAAAGUUUGUAGGAACAGAGGAUUUACCAAGACUAUCGGUAGAAAAAGUGUUGGUAUAACUGAAGGUCAGACGAGGGACGCUGCGUAGUUUUCUUUUAGCCCAAACUGAUUGAAUCAUCUGUGAUCCCAGGAAGUCCUGCGCGUUCAUAAAGGAUCAGUGGAUCUGACUUUUUCCUCCACUUACCUUGUGCUUUCUUCAAAACGAAUUCCUGCUUUUUUUUUAGAUUUAAAUAUUUUAUCUUUUUGUGAAAGUUUACUUCACUGCUCGUAAAUGAGUGCUGCGGUGAAUGGACUGGACCCUAAACCGGGAGCAGCUCCUCGACCCAAUGACGGACGGGACUUGGUUUCGCAUCCAUCAGAAUCCAAACCGGCUCCUCUUUCUGAUGUGGAACCGAUCAAUGAAUCUCAGACCGCAGUUAAUGAUGCCAAAAACUCGGGCAUCAAAUUCGGAAAGAAUUUUCUGAUUGUUUUUCCGAUUUAUGUCUUGGGUUAUUUCGGAUUCAGUUUCAGUUGGAUUCUGAUUUUGCUGGCUGUGGUGUUCUGGCUAAGGCGGAAUCAUGGAACCAGGUUUCCUGCAGUAAACAAAACACUUCAGUUUUUCGAUCACGAAGAGAAAGUAGUACGACAAAGUUUACCAACUUCAAAGCUGCCACCCUGGGUUAAUUUUCCUGAUGUGGAAAGAGUGGAAUGGCUUAAUAAGACAGUGCAUCAGAUGUGGCCAUUUAUUUGUCAGUUUGUGGACAAACUAUUUCAUGACACAAUCGAGCCUGCCGUUAAAGGAGCAAAUGCACAUCUCAGCUCUUUCUGCUUCACCAAGAUAGACAUGGGUGAUAAGCCUCUGAGGGUGAAUGGUGUUAAGGUUUACACAGAGAAUGUAGACAAACGACAGAUUAUCAUGGACCUACAAAUAAGCUUUGUUGGAAACACCGAGAUUAAUGUGGAAAUUAAGAACUACUACUGCAGAGCAGGCAUCAACAGCAUACAGCUACAUGGAGUGUUAAGAGUCAUCAUGGAGCCGUUGCUGGGAGACAUGCCUCUGGUUGGAGCACUAUCAGUUUUUUUCCUUAAGAAACCUAUGCUGGAUAUUAACUGGACAGGUCUGACAAAUAUACUGGACAUUCCAGGACUAAAUGGACUGUGUGACGGAGUCAUUGAGGACAUUAUUUGCAGUUGCUUAGUGCUGCCCAACAAAAUUAAAAUUCCACUAGUGGAGGAGAAAAAACUGACCCACCUACGCUUUCCCAUGCCCAAGGGUGUUUUGCGAGUGCAUUUUCUGGAGGGGCAAGACCUUCUGGCUAAAGACACAUUUCUUGGCGGUCUGAUUAAAGGAAAAUCUGAUCCAUAUGGGAUCAUUAAAGUUGGCAAUCAACUUUUCCAGAGUGAGGUCAUCAAGGACUGUCUAAACCCCAAAUGGAACAAAGUGUAUGAGGCUUUUUUGUAUGACGAGCCAACACAGACUCUGGAAAUAGAGCUGUUUGAUGAAGACCCUGAUGAAGAUGACUCCCUGGGCAGAGUUGUGAUUGACCUCACUGAGUUAGAGAAGGAGCAGAAAAUUGAUCAGUGGUUUAUAUUGGAGGAGGUGACAUCAGGAAAACUGCAUCUAAAGUUAGAGUGGCUUACACCUCUUGCUACACCUGAUAAACUGGACCAGGUGUUGAGCAGUAUUAGGGCAGAUAAAGGGCUUGCUAAUGAUGGACUCUCGUCAGCACUGCUCCUCAUACACCUGGACUCAGCCAAAAACCUUCCUUCUGCAAAGAAGGUGACCAUUGAACCCAGCCCACUGGUUCAGUUAAGAAUUGGAAACAAGACCCUUGACAGCAAGACACGCUAUAAAACAAAUGAACCUGUUUGGGAGGAGGCCUUUACAUUCCUAGUACAUAACCCGAAGAGUCAGGACCUAGAAGUGGAGGUAAAAGAUGAGAGGAAUGAAUGUUCAUUGGGGACUUUGAAUCUUCCCCUUACUCGGCUGCUGGAGGCUGAGGAGAUGACUCUGAGUCAGAGGUUCCCUUUGAAAAGUGCGGGACCCAAUGCUACUCUCAAAAUGAAGAUUGCACUAAGGAUUCUUAGUGUGGAGAAUUUACUUGUGUCAGACCAGCCCUCCUUUGCUCAGGUUUACAACAGAAAAGUGGAUCCAAACACAUCAAAUUCCAGUCUUGCCAACAAAACCUUGAAUUCAAGAAACACUCCUAAAAGCUCAGCUUCAGAAGUCACCCCCAAGACUUCCUCCCAGAUCUCCUCUGUAUCAGAACUCCCCCAGUCUGUCUCUAAAUACACAUUGGAUGAAUCCCUCUUUAACAACUCACUACUGGACGACUCACCGGUUCAUCUAGCGGAUAUGGGCAGGAGCACAUCUAACCUGGCCAUUUCAGGCUCUCAGUUGAAUCUUAAUGCCAAAGAGCCAACACCAAGCAUUGCCUCUGAUAUCUCCCAUCCGUGUGCCUCUCAGGAGCUGCAUCAAAGAAUUAAAGAGCUUCAGAAUGGUUCUAUAGCUACUCAUUUUCCCCUGGGAGAGAUUGAGCUGACAAUAAGACACAGUUCUCAACGGAACAAACUCAUAGUAGUUGUGCAUCGAUGCAGGAAUCUGAUAUCAUUCACAGAUAGUGGUUCUGAUCCAUAUGUGCGCUUAUAUCUGCUCCCAGAUAAGCGCCGAUCUGGACGGCGAAAAACACACACAAAGAAGAAAAACCUUAACCCAAACUAUGACCAAACUUUUGAGUUCAGUAGUGUGCCAUUUGUAGAUUUGCAGAGAAGAACUUUGGAUGUAGCUGUGAAACAUGGAGGAGGAAUUCUGUCUAAACACAAGGGGCUUCUGGGCAAGGUGUUUGUGGAUCUGACAUCAGAGGACAUAUCCAAGGGCUUUACCCAGUGGUAUGAACUAAGUGAGGAUGGACUAAAGAAACCAUCUGUGUAAUUGAAGUACAAAGUCUUCAUUUGCCAGCGAAAAAAGGAAGAAACCCUACACAAAAUAAAAAUGUCAACCAUAUUGAAGUAUUGAAACCUUAGCUAACAGGCAUAGAAAUAUAUAUAAUAUACCCGUUAAAAUAUUGUUUUAAGGAGAUUUUACUACGACAGCAUGCAGUAAGAGAAGAAUGUUUUGGGUCUGAUCUAACAGUCUGCUACUAAGGUUACCUUUUUGUUUUAUUAAUGUGCAUUUAUAAACAAAAAAGUGGAGGGGUGUAAUCUGUUUGUCUCUAAUUUUAUGAUACCUAAGUCUUCUAAAGGCACAAAUAACUACUCCACUGUCACCAAAUUAGACUUUCUGCAUACCUUCUGCAAAUUAAAAAUAAUACAACAUUCAUGCAAUGUUUGUAUUAACUAUGCAGAAUAAGGGAGAAAUCUAAGAUGAAACAGCAUGGUGUGUGUACAAGCAUAAGGGGUUUUGUCUUUUACCAAUGAUGUACCUGUAUUUUGUGCCUGUAUGGCAUUUUGCACUUCUGUGUGUGCUUGUGUGCAUGGUUUAUGAGGGGGGAGUCAUUUUACUUAAGUUUGUUUAUAUAUUAUUGUAAUUUAAAUUUAUAUGAUACAGCAGAUUCUUAAUAUUAUUAUUCUUGUAUUGUAUAUUCUAUCAGACUUUUUAUUGGCGCUUACAGAACAUUUUCUUUUCAUGUUUAAAUGGCUUUAGAAAAUGCCAAAUGCUAGUUUCUUCAUUUCCCCCACUGUUCUUUAAUGUUUUCUAGACUGAGCUCCAAAGCAGGCUCAAUUAGAUUAAACCAUAUUCAAAAUAAAUUAAAGGGGGGCUCAGGUGGCACAGCAGCUUAAUGCACUACAAUUUUGAUAAAACUGUUAAAACAGUUUCAUCAAAAUUGGUAUAUAAUAAGCUUAAAUAAACAGCACACUAAAAACACAAAGCUUGUCUUGCUUUGUUUACAUUCCACCUGCUAAUUAUGUUAUUGAUUCCCUCAGUUUUUUACUUCACCCUAUGCCUAAUAUCUUAAAAAUAAAAACAUGGCAGACACCCUUGCUUUUACGUAUGAUCCUUUAAUUUCAGGGUAUAGAAAUUCCAUAAUCUGCUGCUGUAGCUCUUCUGGAUAUCUCUAGUGCCAUUUUUUACUAUGCACCCUUAUGCUCAGAUUUUGUUGCCAUGUGUGUGUGCCGUAUAAGUUGUUUAUUAGAUUACUGGUAAUAUAAAAAACCACUUUCUGAAAAGGUUCUAAAAAAUCUUUACUGAAGUGAUAAUAGUAGAAAGAAAAGAUUUGCAAAUUUUUCAGUAAAUAUUGUAUUUUGUAAAUAAAAACACAUUUAAAUUUUGAUGCCUGCAACACACUCCAAAAAGGUUGAGACCAAGAAAAAUUGAAAGUCAAAUGUAUAAAGUUACAGUGAUCCACAAUAAGCAGGUGAACUGUGAAUUGGUAACAGCUGAGAGAAUCAUAAUUGGGUAUUAAGUGAGGAUCCACCAAAUGAUUAGUCUGUACAGGUAAAACUUUAAGAGAAAACUAUCUCUCAGUUCAAACAGAACAUUUCUCAUUGCAAGAUCGCAAAUAAUUUAGUUUUUCUAUUGUUAAAAAAUUGUAAAAAACAAUUUUAAGAAAUUUCAUUCUGUGUAGUGCAAAGCCAGAAACCACUGUUGAAUGUGCGUGACCUUUUAGCUUACAGUUAUUAUUGCAUAAAAAUUUGUUACUGUGAUAAAUGUUGCCACAUGAGCACAUGAAUACUUCAGAAAAACAUUGUCACCAUUAAAACAGUCCGCUACUGCAUCAAAAAAUGCAACCUGAAACUCUGUUAUACAAAUAGAAAGCCAUACAUCAAUUCUAUGUAGACCUCAGAGUUCUCUGGGCCUUCUCAAAUGGACAGUGGAAAUGUGUGCCGGAUUAGAUCUAAGUCUAUGGUUCAUACCACCUGUCAUGGGCGGUGCAUCAGUGCCCAUGGUGACUUGAAGAAAUGUGAAAAUACCAUUAAUAUAGAGGCGUAUAUUGGGAUUUUACAUGCUGGGAAUUCCUAUUCCUGACACAUGCUGCCAUCAAGGCAACGUCUUUUCCUGGGAAUAUUUUUUUCAGCAAGUCAGGGCUCUUAUUAUAUGCGCUACAACCAUAGACACAGAAUGUAUCUGCUUGACUGGCCUGCCUGCAGUUCAGAUUUCUCUCUUACUAAUAAUGUAUAAAUGUAUGAUGCAAGCAUGAAGAGAGGAGUCAGACAAUGGUGACUGCAGACUGAAGUCUUGUUUCAAACAUGACUGGGCAGAAAUUCCACUUGCAAAACUGAAAUAUUUAGUGUCCUGAAUUCCCAAACCAUUAACAAGUCUUAUUAAUUGGAAAGGUGAUGUAACACAACACACCUCUGUCCCAAUUUUUUGAAGUGUGUUGCAGACAUCAAAGUGAUGAUUGAUGAGUGCAAACAAUUGAAACCUUUUUGUGUACUUUUGUAAGACAAAGAAAUAUUAAAGAGAAUGACCAAAUCACCAAUUCUUCUUUUUUUUUUACUGCGUUUUACAAACUGUCCCAACCUUUCUGGAAACGGAGUUUGUACAAACAGCAGUUUUAAAAUGUAAGUUUUAAAUGUAAAAUAUGUUAGCCUACUACUGCUGGGAUCUAGGCUUUAAUUCCCAGUGGUGCUAUCAGCCGGUCUGGCAUCUACAUACAGACCUGAUUGGCUAUGUCAAAAGCAGGCAAAUGGGGGUGGCUGAAGCAGACACAGGGUGAACAUACUGGGUGGCAGCAAAACUACAUGCUGCUUCACUGUGCUAAAUAAAUAAUCUUAUGUGCAAUUAUUUUAAUUAUUUGUAAGAUUUUUUUAAAAUAAAUGCUAAAUGUAGUUUAAAAAAUAUGGAAAUAGGUAAAUAGUAAUUAGUGGCCUGUAUUUAUGUUUUUACUAGCUAAAAUAUCACUUGUUGCAGUGUUUAGUAAAGGAUUUACUCAUUGUUUAUUGUUAUGUAGAGCGUGAUUAAGACAAUUCUGUGAUGAGCUUGUUUUUCAGGGUUGUGUGUUUGUAUAUGUAUGUAUAGUUUCUGUGCCAUAGCUUCCUAUGGGUCUAGCAAACAACUUCAAAAUUUUGCUUUUUUUAUUACAAAAUAUCAGAUAUUAAAAUGUUUAAUUAUUUUCCACACAUACUGUACUACAAAAGUAUUUAAAAAAAACAUUAAACUAUAUUGUCAUUGC